UGCAAUCGCACUUACUGGCUCAGACAUGUCUCUUCUCCCUGACCUGAUCAAAGCCGUGAAUAGCGGUCUUGUGCUCUUCCCAGGGAUGGGCGAUGCGUACGCUGCGCGGGACGAGAACGGAGUGCUUGUUGGCUUUCUCGUAUCCUCUUUGCCUGGCCAGCUCCUUUUUGCAACAGAGGGGUCCAGAGCCUAUGGGUUCUCAGACUAUGCUGCACGACUCUCUAGCGAUGCGCGAGAGUACUUUUUGGAAAUGAUACCUAAAAUGUCUCCUGAGACCAACGAAGAGUCUCAGGUAACGCUUGCGUAUAUCAGCGUCGAACUGGCCCGCUGA